GAAAGCAGUUUCUCGGGUUUCGAACGUCAGAACCAUCGCCAACAGGGCAGCCCACACCGACCCGGAGCUUUCGUCGGUGCUGCGGAACGGCAAAAUCCAUUGAAAUCUAAUCUCAAUAGAAGUUCCGCAAUCUCUGGAAUUCGAUUGAUCGCCUGGAGACGUCGACUCCUGGCGACACCGCCGAGCCCUCGAUAAAUGACCUGACUUCCGCGAUUCCCCUUUUGAUGAUGCCUCCCAAGCGCAAGAGACUCGACCGAGGACCCAGCGACGCUGGCUCUUCGCGGCCAUCGCCCCAUCGCCCCGCGGAUACAGCAUUGGGACAGCACGAUAGAAGCUUCGAUGGAGGCCGUGGCGGUCGCGGCGGAAGGAACUCGCGGAGAGGCGAACGUCGCGGUUCUUUCCAGUCCCAGAGCGCGAAUUCCUCUUUGAACGGUCCCGAUCCGAGAUCACCGCCGCCACCCGCCAGGCCGUCGAGCUCAUCUUCCUCGGCCGCGCUGCCACCUCCAACAACCGCGGCACCACUAGCGCCGCCGCCGGUUCCAGCUACUCCGGCCAGCUCUGCGGCCCCGGCCUCUCCCGUCCAAACAUUUUACGACUACAGCAUUGUCACAGAUGAUUGUGUCAGCAGGUGGGCGAAGGGUGGCCGGCAAGAGAUCAUCGACCAUGGCGUUCAGUCACGGGAAGACGAAGACCUUACGGAAGUCGUCAUGAUCUUCCAGGAACUCAUCCACUCCGUCACCGACGGGCGACUCCAGGGCUCUGAUGCCGGCGACGUCGUCCGAGAGAUACUAGGCCCUGAAAUCUCAGAGGCGGAUCGGAAUGAUGGGGCAUUCGACCCUCACAUUCUGUUCCUGGAUACCGUGUCUACCUUCCUGGACGUGGAGUCGGGUCCUCUCCAACCACAGCUGCGCGACUUCAUGGUUGCCUCAAAUGUUUCUCCAGCGCUCAUGCGACUCGUCCUGGAUCCGCCGAUUCUUCAGCACCUCGAUUUGAUCCGCGACACGUUCGUGCGGAUGGGUAUUCGACAAUCCACCAACUUGUUGUACCGCCAGGCAAACUACAACCUAUUGCGCGAAGAGUCCGAGGGCUUCGCGAAGCUCGUCACCGAGCUGUUCACGAUUAGUGGUGCGGAGCCGCCGACAUCCGAGGUUGUGCAGACCACGUUCAACAAGGUUAUGAGCCUUAUCGGGACUUUUGACCUACACCCGGGCCGCGUCUUGGACGUAAUUCUGGAUAUCUUCGCCGCCGUUCUCAUCAAGCAAUUCCGCUUCUUCAUCAAGUUCCUGCGCGUCAGCUCGUGGUGGCCACGAAGCCAACUUAGCCUACCAACCGACAGAUUUGUCGGAGGCUUGCCGAUCUGGGCUCUGCCCGAGCAUCCUGGUUGGGUCGCCACUGAGGAGGAAGAAGCUCUUCUCGCUCAACAGCGGCUGGAGCGGGACAUUGCUUUCUGGGAGAGAGCACGCAAGCUCAAGCUCGACGCCUAUUUCGAGCUGGGCGGGAGACAACUGGCUCCAUCGGAGGAGGAGCGACUGGCGGACGGCGCGUCCGGGACCGGUCCGGAGUCCAGCAUCGAGCAAGAAUGGAUCAGGAUUACGAAGACGCUGCCACCUCCCGGGAACCGAGACGCCGCUCAAAUGUUGGGUUUCAAGCUGCGAUUCUACACCUCCGAGGCCAGGGACCCCGAGGACACCCUGCCGGCAAACCUGCUUUACUUAAUAUCGCUGCUCAUCAAAGUCGGCUUCGUCUCGCUCACGGACUUGUGGAACCACGUCUGGCCGCUUGAUGAGGACAUGGAGACGGUAAAGGAGCAGAAGCUGAAGGAACUCGAAGAGAAAGAGAGAGCGAAGCGGCCGGGCGGCGAGCAGAAUGCCUUGAUGAUGGCUGGCGCUCUCCCAGACGACAUGCCCCCGCCCCCCAGCAACAAUUCGCGCCGCGACGCCGCGACGACAAAACAAGACCAAAACAAUAAGACCCCAACAGCAGCGGAGAAGCCAGAGUCGCGCGGCCCCGACGACCAAAAGGUGCUCCUUCUCAAAUGUCUCCUUACCAUUGGCGCUAUUCCCGAGUCACUCUUCAUCAUCGGGCGCCAUGAUUGGAUCCUACGGGCAUUCCCCGACCUCGUGCCACUUCUCCAUCGCAUUCUCCACCAUUCCAUCGACGUCUUGUACCAACAAGCCCGUCCAACUUCUUCGACUCCGAUCGAGUGCCCGCCUAAGCCGCAGUUGGAUCCCGACCAGACAGGCGUGCCCAAGGGGCACUUGAAGCUUAAAACGCCACCCGUUAAACGCGCACUGAGGUGGCCCAACGCGGACCAGGCUGAUGUCGAAGGAAUCUCGUACCGCUUUUACUGGGAUGAGUGGGCAGACAACGUCCCGGUCUGCCGCACUGUGGAUGACCUGUUUACCCUUUCCGACUCGCUGCUCAACAUCGUUGGCGUCAAGAUCGGCGAGGAUGCCUCCCUCGUGACUAAGCUCGCCAGGAUCGGCAGCAAGAGCCUCAGCGACGACCCGUCCGCCCACAACACUGAGCGUUGGCUCGGCUUCCUCAAACGAGUGCUAGUGCCAGCUCUGAGCUUAGGUGACGCCAAUGCGUCCGCCGUCGACAGCGUCUGGGACCUCCUCAAGCGGUAUCCGGUCCGAUCUCGCUUCGGCGUUUACGCCGAAUGGUAUGAGGGUGCGACCUCGCGACUCGAGCCUGUACAGAAAGCCUUCGCGCACACCAAGCUGCUCACCCUCAGCAAGAUGAAGCGGCUGUCACACAGUAACAUCAUGCAGAUGGCCAAGGAACUCGCAAAGGUGGCGUAUCAGUCGCCUGGCAUCGUCUGCAAAGUUGCGCUGCAGCAGAUCGAAUCGUACGACAACCUGAUCGAGGCCUUUGUCGAGUGCGCCAAGUACUUCACCGACCUCGGGUACGAUGUCCUUGUCUGGUCAGUGCUGAGCUCUCUCGCCGGCCAGGAGAGGAGCCGUACCCAGGCAACCUCGGUGCUCCUGACCAGCAAAUGGCUCCAAGCGCUGUCGCGAUUCUCCGGCAAGGUCUUUCAGCGUUAUUCCAACAUGGACCCGCUGCCUAUUCUCCGCUACGUCCACGCCCAACUCUUGCGGGGCAACUCGACCGAUCUGGUCAUUCUGGAGGAGUUGAUAGAGUCCAUGGGAGGCAUUGUCUCCGCCUUCGAUUUCACAGAUGCCCAGCUGCGUGGCAUGACGGGUGGAGAGGUGCUCCGCCGCCAGACUCUCAUCAGCCUCGGCGAUAAGCGGGAAGUAUCAGCUCGCAGCGCCCAGCGCCUGAUGAGGGCCCUAUCGCACUCGAACCUCGCCGGCCAGUUGCUUAUCAACAUUGCGCAGUAUCGACAAAAUGCGAUCUACAAGAUCACCGACGACAAGGCCGUCAUCAAGUACCUCUCUGCCCUCGUCGACGGCUCUCACAAGGUUCUCUCUCGAUACCUCGACCUGCUCCUCAGCAAUCUCGAUCCCGACACUUUCAACCGCCUGGUCCCCGACGUUGUCCAGCUCAUGCGGGAUUACGGCCUCGAUGCCAAUCUUGCCUUUAUGAUUCGACGGAAUACCAUCCGCUGGGACACGAAGGCUCUCCCUCCAACCAAGGAAAGUCCGUCACAGGCUACAAAGCCCACAACCGACGUUGACGGCGACGUCACCAUGGCGACAGCCGCGGCUGACGGUACCCCAGGCGACGCCAGCAACACAGAGGCAACUAAAGACGGUGCUGGUGACAACAGUUCGGCCUCGAGAACACCAAGCCGUUUGCCGGAAUCGCUUUCCGACGCGCUUGCUCCGCUCAUCGAGGAGAUCCCCAAACUGUUGCCCCAGCAAUCCUGGAAAUAUAUCUCUCCUGCAUGCUACGUAUUCUUCUGGUCACUGCAACUCGGAAACCUUGUCUGGCCUCAGGACAGCUACGAGGCCGCAAACAAGCGGCUCAAAGCCCAGGCAGCAGAACUGACGACUGACCGGACGGACACCCCUCGUUCCGCCGCAAACAAGAAACGGAAACGGGAGGAGAUUAUGGACCAGCAACAGCGGCUUCUGCAGGAGACCAAGGACGGGAUAGAGCGGUUCCAGAAGACCAAACUUCAUAUCGGCCGGCAGACCAGCGGUUGGUUUCCCGCAGGCAUCGCGCAUGCUGACGCAACGUCGGACGCCCUGCUCGAAGAGUGCAUCUUACCGCGCCUGCAGAUCUCCCCCGUGGAUGCGGACUACUGCUUCCGGUUGAUCAAGUUCUUGCACGAGUUCCCCAAGUCAAACUUCCAGCUCAUGUCGCUCUACAACCGCCUGUUCAAUCACAACCGCCUGCGCGCCCUAAUCUUCACCUGCACGGUUCGUGAGGCCGAGCAUCUAGCCCGUUUCCUGAAGUUCAUCCUGGGCGAUCUCUCGAAGUGGCACGGCAAUAAGAAUGCCUACGAGAAGGAGGCCCUGGGCCUCAGAGAGCUGCAGGGCACCAAGACCAGGGAAUACAUCGGCUUUGCCACGGCCUUCGAUGCGGAUGGAAAGCCUACAGAGUUCAUCGAGCACGAUGCCUUCAAGGAACUCCUGUUCCGCUGGCACAAGGAGCUCAACUCCGCACUUCGAUCAUGCCUCAACGGUAUGGAAUGGAUGCACAUCCGCAAUGCCAUCAGUAUCCUGAAGGGUGUCAUCGAUUACUUCCCCGCCAUCAACUUCAUGGCCGAGAAGUUUUUGGAGCAGCUCAACACCAUCAAGGACCGCGAGUCAGCGAAUUCCAAUGCUCCCGAGUCCGCUCAGGGCCACCGCGUCGAUCUGUCCGUGACGGCUCAGACCACCUACUCGGAGCUAGCGAAGAGAAAGUCCAAAUGGGUCCUUGUUCAGGCCUUCCGGCCGGGCGCUGUAAGUACCUCGGCUGUGAGCCUCAAAUCAUCGUCUUGUGCUAACCAUGCACAGAAGAGCGAUGGCAAAGAUGAGAAGGGACCCACGAUGCCAGCCAACUCUUCCCUCCGCGGCUCAGCGGCGCCUUUCAAGCCCAAUGCGGGACGUGCCCCACAGUCCUCCGAGGUCGAGGACGGAGAAGUGGACGAGAGUAAAGCCGGUCAAGCAUCCCCAGGAGGCAACGUGUCCAGCUUGCCGCGACCGCCACCAGCCAGGGAACCGCCAAGGGAGACGAACCCUCCGGCGCCAAAGACGAGCUCAGCGGCCACCCCUUCCGGAAGACCGUCCACCCCAAAGCCUGCCCCAGCACCGCAAUCUGGUACCCGCCAGGAGCCACCGAGGUUUUCAACUCUCCCCCCUGGGGGGCCCGGACUUCCCAACAGACCAGAACCUCCCGCCAGGCACGAUUCAUCGGGGCCCAGGUUCAGUCAGCCUCGCCAGGAUAGGAGGGAUUUGCCUACGAGGGAAGCCCGCGACUAUCGGGACAGUCGGGAACCUCGAGACCAACAUCAGCGUGACCCUCGGGAGCCGCAAGGUGCCCGUGAUGGCAGAGACUACCGAACCCCUGAAGGAUCGCGUCCAGAGCGCUCUCGGGACAUCUCAUCCUCCGAUAGGCGCGGACCAGAUCCUGGACAACGCGAACCCGGGCCGCGGGACUCUAGCCGCGAUACUGGUCGUGACGCUAGCCGAGCUUCUGAUCGCGGCCGAGCGGAGCCUCCCUCGCGUCGACAUGAUCAUGCGCCGGCAGCUGACCGAGAUAGCCGUCCGGAUAGCCGUCCGGAUAGCCGUCCGCCGCCACGGGAAAGGGGCGCUCCUCACGGCUCAAGCAGGUCCGACUCGAGACCUGGAAGGGAACCCGCCGUAUCGACCCCGCCGGCAACCACGUCACAGAGCGCUCCUCAGGGACCCCCGAUCAACCCAGAGCGCGCACGGAUCAUCGAGGGUGAGCGGCCGGAGAUCAUCAACCCAGCCCGAGCCGCUCUCAUCAACGACACGCGAGAACCCUCGGGUCGUCACUCGCCAAGAGAGCAACCUCGAGAGCGGCCUCCGCGGGCAGACUCGCCCAGGCGAUCCGAUCGCCCACCGACCAAUCCUCCCUUGCCGGACAACGGCCGUGACGAUCGCCAUGGCCGCCGUCGCCAUUCGCCCGGGCCCGAAAUUCCUCGGGACUCCCAUAUGGAGCCGGCAGCGCCACCUUUGCGAGCCGAGCGGAACAUGGAGCGCGAAGACAGGAACGCCGGGCCGAGGGAUUCUUACACUAGCCAAUCCCGUCCUGACCACGAUCACGGAAGACUCGGCCAGCAGGACCCCGAUUACGGCCGGUUGAACCCUAUCCAGUCCGUCGUCGACAUGCCCCCAGGACCGCCUUCAGGCCCCCGGGGCCGGGGUGGCCGAAGCGUGGCCCGACCCCCCCCGGUCAACGGCCCUCCGAUGCGUCCCGACAACAGGUUUCCGCCGCUUGAGCCCAUCCGUCCGCCGACUCCGGAGCGUCAUCCACCGACAGGUCCAUCGGCAUCUCGCCCUCGUCGAGGACCAUACGAUAACGGCAGCGGCAUCGGCUCUCCGACAUCAUCCACGCCUCCCACGGUGGGAGUGCACCCAGACAGGAUGCGCCAGAUCAGCCAAGCAUCGUCUGCCCCGCCCCCACCGCCUCCUCCUCCUCCUCCUCCUGCAGCUUCCGGGCCACCGGGGCCGUCCGGCAUUCAUCCGGACCGUCUGAACCAGAUUGCUACUCAGCCACCGGGGCCUGCUAUACACUCCCGCGCUCCGAUACACACGCCUGACCGACCGCCAAUGUCUACUCCCGGUUCCGGAUCGCGACCUGCGCCGUCAGGCCCCAGCGCCGAUUUCUCGUCAACACCCACCGGUCCUGCCGCUGCCAACGACCGGAUGAGACCAGGUGGAAGACAGCUCCGUGGCAUACAAAAUACCCUGGACAAGGCCUCUGCUGACAAUGCUCGAGGCUCGGGCCCGCGAACGUCUCGAUCACGACCCAACCUGGCGGGCUCGGAUGCCCAAAUCUUGGUCGGCGCAUCGCCCGUCAGCACGCCGGUUCACGAACGGCCGGCCGAGUCCUUCCGAGACUCGUCUCGUCGGGAGCCUAGCGACCGCCCCCCGCGCGGCGGUCCCGAGCCGAUCCAGGUCGUUAGCGAUUCCCGCGGUGGCCGUGAGACCAGCAGCGGCCGGGGCCCCGCGAACGGUGACGAUUAUGGGUCCAGCCGAAGCGAACAUGACCGCAGCCGUCGUGAGCACCACCGGUCGGAACGCAGCUCCCGCCCAUCUGGGCGCAGCAGCCGGGAUCGCACCCCCGAUCGGGAGCGGGAACCCAAAGAUUCUCGCGAGUACAGGGACAGGAGGUCAUCCAAUGUGCCUAGCAGCAGCAGCCGCGACGACAGAGAUUCGCGCCGUUCGAUGCGCGAGUCCACGGGCGGUGGCCGAGAACAGAUCCCUGGCGGUGGGAGGGAUCUCGCCCCGCCGCGCGAGUCGAGCAGCCAUCGUAGCCACCGCGGCGAACCUGGCCCGAGGGGCGAUGGAGGCUCCGGUGGUGGUGGAAGGGGAGAAGGGGGAAGAGGGGGCGACGAUUAUGGACGGGGUGGGUCUUCGCGGAGUAAUGGGCCCCCGAGAGACUCGCGGUCGUCAAGACCUGGAGACGAGCGUGGCGAUCCCCGGGGAGGGGAUGAUAGGGCGCGGAAGCGCAGGAGUGAGGGUGUAGAAGUGGGGAGCGGGAGCCAUCAGGACAAGAGACAACGGCGUUAGGUCUGACCGUUGCCGGUCCCGAUCCAUGCCGAGGGAAGGUAAUCGCUACACCGGGGAUGAAGACAUGCCGAAGUCAGCAGUGGGAUGAUUAUCAUAAAACAUAAACGGGGGGGAACAAGAAUGCCCACGGAUACGAGAUUGCGAAGCAUAACAUAUCAAGGUGGAGGAUACGGAUACGGACACAAGUUGCUUUUUUCUUCCGCCCGUCGGCUCCAUCGAAGGUUGGGAACACGGCGGACGAGACGAUUUCCUAGACUUAUUCGGCGGGAUCACUAUUUCGACAAGAGGCAUUUUAUCAUUUCUUCUAAAAAUCUCCCGCUUCUUCCGAGCGCCGUCUGUGAGUGGG